AUGGAUAACUCCAUGAUCUUCAAAUGUGCGAUUCGCGCCAUUCAACCUGGGUAUGCGUGCUUUCACAGUAGUCGGCCAAUGAGGAGGAGCUUCAUUGGUCUUUUCCCUCGGUGGUUGUUUCCACUUAGCUCGGUUUCUCUAGUCAUCGGCGAACCUGAUGCCCGCUCAAAUACGAAGUACCCUGUUAUCCACGCUGUCUUCGCCAUAGAUCGCUUCUUUGGAAACCUCAAUUUGGGUCUGGGGUUGCCUGAAAAUAGGAAGCGACCCAGUAUAAGGGGAUAUCCCAUCUGUUCGGCUCUGAUCGUGCAAUUUGUGGUAGCCGGUGCGGCAGCGCGACGUUUGACUUCGGCAAGAUAUCUGCCAAGGCUAUGGGGUUGCAAAGAGAUAGACGGGUAUAUUAUACGGCAAGGUACCUUCAGGCACGCCGGACGCAAGGAUACAGGUAACUACACCACGAAACCCACUCCUCACUACACUCUAGUCAACCUCCAACUCACGACCGAGAAACCCCAGAACAAGUACCCCAAGCGGCCGUAG